GUUUAAAUUGAGAUAAGAUAUGUUGUAUUUUUGCACAGUAUUUUCAACUAAAAUGUAUUUAAUUUAUGUAAUACGCUGACGUGAUAAUGUACCUUACUCAAAGGAAACCGUCAUGAACAGGAGAUCACUUGCUCUCAAUGAAACUGACUCAACAGAUGAUGACGUAUUUGUCCUGAAGACACCUAAUUUGAACUGUGCUGAAUCUUCUGUUAACGCUAACAGUAAUGAUGAUGAUGAUGAUGACGAUAUUUCUGGAACACAGCCAGUGCCCAUUCUCAGCGAUGUUGUGGCAUUUGUUGAUGUUCGGACAAAAAAUGACAACAGAAGUCGAGGCAUUUCGUGUGUGUUGGAACAACUUGGUGCCAGAGUGGUUGAUAAGUUUACAAAUGACGUCACUCAUGUCAUCUUCAAGGAGGGAAAGAAGAUGACAAUUAAUAAAGCUACGAAAAAGGGCAUACAUCUGGUGUCUGUGCUCUGGAUAGAUCAGUGCAUGAAGAAUGAGCAGAGAGUUUCAGAAAAGCUUUAUCCUGCAAUAGUUCCAGAACAUGCCAAAGGAACACCUAUUAUCACUGGACGGCUUAAGAAGCUGAAAUCGAUGCAGCCAAAUGACUUUGACGAGGACGUAGCCCGAAGUGCGGAGACGUGUAAGAUACGACGUAAACGGAUCGAGACUAUGAACCGGUUCCGCCUGUGUGACAAGACCCCGUCCUAUUCAUCGCUACCAAUCCUGGCACAAGAUACACAGCCAAGAUCACCUCAUGCUGGUACCUCAGACUGGCAGACACCAGUGUUUUUGACAGUUCCAGAUACACCUCAGAGUAUUAGAGAAAAAUUACUGGAAAUGCAACAAGCUAAGCAAAAUGGUACACCAUUUUCACCGUUUUCAAGGAAUGACGGAUCUCCACCAAUUAAAAAACUGUUUGGUGAUGAUUUUGAAGAAGAUCCCUUUGAUGAACCCAAAGUAGCUGUUCAUUCAAUUAUUGAGGCGUUAGAAAAAGAAACCACAGACAAAACUGAGGGGACUCCGUGUACUCGAAAUGAAAUCAAACAUUUACAAAACGAAAAUGAAUCCAAUAUAUCUGUUUCAUUAGAGAAGAUACAUUCUCAAGAAAGUAAACAGAUGCACAUAGAUAACAGUGAUAAUUGUAGUUCUCAGAAUAGUAACUCUAGUCCUAAACUGGGAGCGAAAAGAAAAAAGAAACUAAUAAAUGUAUUUGCCCCAGUUAGGCCCAAUUCAUUUCUAGUUGAGCCCACACAUAGCUCUUGUGAUAAGGAUAGGUCAGAUCUUUUACUUUCCAAUCGGAAGUCUAAACAAAUUAACAAGAUUACUCAAAAUGAAAAUGUGAGCAAAACAAAUAAGCAGGGAGCUUCGAGAGCUCAAAAACGAAAGGUGGAAACUGCGAGUUUCUCCCCAGAAAUUCAAAGUAAAACGAAAAGGACAAAACAUGUGGUUUCCAAGUCAUCAGCAGAUUGCACUAAAAUGUCUGCAACACAAAAUGGCAACUCUGCAGUACGCAGGAGAUCUACACGUCUUUCUGGUAUAAAUGUGAAUACAUGUAUUCAAGAAAAUAUUUUGAAAAACAGACAAAAUUCUUCUUUGACAGAUCAGACGGAUACAUCUGGUAUUGCCAAUCAUUCCCAAUAUUCCAUUUUAAACAGCUCAACCAGCGGAGAUGCUUCCAUGUCAGUAUUUUAUGGGGACACAACUUUUGCACAAGUCUCUGGAUUGCCUCCCCCUAGACUAAGCAUUGAUGAAUUUUCUGUUGGAAAAUCGAGAAAAGGUGGAAAGCGUAAACCCCUCUCACUGAUGACAAGUGUGUCUGAGAAUGACACUAGUGAAAAAGAAAAUAAUGUGGGGAACAUUGCAACAUUCACAAAAUUACCAAGUUUGCCAAGAGAGAGCCUAGAGUCUUCAAGUAGCAGUGACCGGUGCAGCAGCAAUGAUGACAAGUGUAAAUCGAACUCGGUUCAGCUGAGACGAGCCAAUUCCUUUGUGAUGGAGAAGUCGCCCAAUGGUCCCAGAACCAGGCCGUCACUCGUUAUGACUCGCCUCCAUUCAGAGGAGCAGGAGAGGGUUGUGUGUAUUAUAAAGAAGCUGACCGGGUUCAUUAUUCAAGACACUGUCACAGACACCACCACCCAUGUUGUGCUGGGAGAUGGUCGCCGGUCACUAAACGUCAUCAGUGGAAUUGCUCGAGGCUGUUGGCUUAUCAACAAAGAGUGGGUAUUACAGUCCAGUGAUGCAAAGAAAUGGCUUGAAGAAGAAAAGUAUGAAUCAGCAGAUAAAUUUCCAAGUUGUAAGAUUACAAGACUAGAACGGCAGAAAGACGGUGUGAACUACAGACAGAAUCUGUUCACUAAUGUGGGUCAGAUAUGUAUAUCUUUCAAAUGUGUGCCACCCAGGGGCUCAUUGUCGGCUUUGGUCAAACUCUGUGGAGGCCAGGUAACUGGAUCUGUUGCAAGAGCCAAAAUAUACAUCGGAGAGGACAGUCGGCCUAAUGUGAUCAAUUUGAAACCAGUUUGGAUAUUAGAUUGCAUCACUGAACAUAAACUGCUUCCUUUUGAUAAAUAUUUCAACAACACUGCAAGAUCCCAAAGAGAGAGCAGUCCUGAAUUUUAAAACAAAUUCAAACAAACCAUGGAUGAGAGGUUUUAUCUUGACCACUUAAUGAAUUCUUUGUGGUAUUAUUGCAAAACAAUGGCCGAGAUGUGCUUUUUGUGCUUAAAUUUGGCAAUGGGCAACUAAAAAAUGGCUCAGUUCUGCCUAACUUGUACCUCUUUUUAACUUGGACAGAUAAUAAAUUAUUACAAUCUGUAGCAGUUUUUACUCCAUCUAGGAGCAGGCCCAAGGGGGAUUUGCUGGGGGUGUGCACCCAUCCCCCAAACUUCAAAGUACCACACAAAUCCUUUACAUAACGCAUGUUAGUGUACUUUGGUUGACAGUAGGUACUCUCUUGACAUUGCAACACUCCCUGGGGAAAAUCCUAAAACCACUCAUUAUGUAAAUAAAACCUAUUAGUAAAACCGUCUAUUAAUUCUUUAACUACAACAUUAAUUGGGUAACUUUCAAGUGAUUGAUUUAGCAAGUUUGCAUUAAUUGGAGUACAACCUCGAUGCUGUAGAUCAAACUGCUGUUCCUCACAAAGAACCUGGAAUGCAUGCAUGUUUGUUGGAUGGAAUGAUCUCCCUUGAAGUCGCAAGAACGUAUUUUGAUGAGGUGACCGGAAUUGAAAAAUUGAUUGUGCAAUAUCACCUGACCUAAAAUUGAAUAAUUUCUACUAUGGGUAUACUGAUGAUUACUUGAAUACUUCAAGCAUGUAUGCAAUAACAAAUUGGUUUUGAGCAAGUGCCAGUUUUGUUAAAGGCAUACUGUCACGGAUUUAAGGACUUUAUUUCUCUAAAAAUGGAUAAUAAAUAAAAAUUACAUUAAUUGUUGUAAACCAAAUCUAGCUAUUGCAUCACCGGAACUGAAC